AUGGACGUUACGAAGUUCAUUUGCCAUGGCUGGAAAGAUUAUCUCCAGAUGAAUAAGUCCGCUGCUGAAAGAAGAUUCAUUUCAACUUCAAUGAAGCUCAAAGCUGAAGGCAGAUACGAAGAUUAUGAUGCAGUUUUUAAGGAAUGGGAAGACUUUAAAAUAAUCGAAGUGAUGCCAGAAUCUGAAAUCGGGGAAGCUUCUCACUACCUACCACACAGAGGAGUUUUUAAGGAACAUUCUACAACUCGUAUCAGGACACCUAAUCUUUUAGAAGAAAUACCAACAUUAUUAAUGAGAUUUUGGAUGGACAGCAUUGGUGUGGUAUCAGACAUUAAAAAGAGCUUCCUGCAAUUUUCCGUUGUUAACGAAGAUCGAGACUUCCUUCGUUUCCUCUGGUGGGAAGAUUUUGAGAAGAAAAAAUUUAAGAUUUUUAGACACAAGAGAGUUAUUUUUGGACUCACGCGUAGUCCUUUCCUUUCGUCUGCAGUAAUAAAUGCAAUUCUAGAUGCAGGUCCAUCAGAUAUUAAAGACACUGCUGAUUGUUUAAAAAAGUCUUUUUAUGUUGACAAUUCCAUACCUUCAGUACCUAGUCAACACAAGCUUGGGAAACUUAUUUCGGAAUCUACCCAAUUGUUACACAGUGCAUGUUUUGAUCUCAGAGCAUGGGAAUACUCACACGGCAAUUCCUAUGGUGAAGAGCCUACUUAA